UGUUAAGCGCUCCUCGGUAGAGCAAUUUAAGCAGUCAACCACACGUUUUGGAAAAAAGAGAGCAUACUGUACCUAAGUCAACAAGAAAAGGGAAUCCCGCGGGAGAAUGAGAGUAUCUUUAAGAGGAAUGACUAUUUUGAUCAAUAGUUUUCCUAUGGUUAUGUUGUUGACUAUAGCUUCAGCUGAUCAGUUCAAGUGCCAUAACAAGGUAGACAUGGUUAUUCUAUUGGACGUAUCAGGGAGCAUUACAGUGAAUCAGUUUAAGAUCGCAAAGAAAUUUGCUGCUGACCUUGUAAAACACUUUGACAUUUCGAAAGUCAGGACUAAUGUGGCCAUCGCAUCAUACAGUCAAUACGUGAAAACUGGAAGGACUUUUUACGAUGAUGCUUCUCAAGAAGCUGUAUUAAAGGCGAUAGAUGGAAUCCAUUAUGAGGGAGCCGCCAGUAGACUCGAUCUUGCGUUUGGACUUGUGCAGUUUGGACUUUUCAAUGGUAAACAAGGGGCAAGGAUAUGUGAUAAAGGUGUAAAGAAGGUUGCAGUGUUUGUCACAGAUGGCAAGAGCACUAGAGGAGUAGAAUUCACAAGACAGAGUGCUGAUUCAUUAAUAGAGAGAGGUAUCACCUUAUUCUCUGUGGCUAUCUCUGAUCACGUUGAUGAAGAUGAACUUAACGAGUUGGCAAGUACGCCAAGAAAAAGCCAUCAGCUUGUUAUAGACACCCCAGGCAAGUUCUUCACAAAAGAGCAGGUUGAACGCUUCGCAAAGGAAAUUUGCAAAAUCGACUAAACGAUAAUAUUUCACCAUUGAAAGCUGAUAAAAUUUCAACA